AUGAAUCUACCGAUGAAGUUGCUGGCGCUGCUAUCGCUACUGCUAGUCCACUCGUCCGGCCACCGGAUACAGCUGUCCGACUCCAUACUGGACAUCAUCAACACCCGGCACGUGGAGCAAAUAUUGGCCGAGCGGCGGGCGAAUGCGUCGCGCGAGAACGAGAAACGCUACCUGGUGCAAAACGACCUGGACGAGGACGUCACGGAGGACGGGGCGGAUCUCUACCAGACGCCCGAGGUGGCGAUCGAUUUCGACUUCCACGGUCGGCGCCAGGGCGGCCACGGGUCACGGCACGCCAUGCCCCACACCCCGGUGUCGCACAACGGGUCCGGCGGUGGCGCCGGCGGUUCGGGCGAUCUGCUCGCCGACCUGCACGCCUACCGGGGCGACAAGCUGCUGAAGUCGAGCAAGAACGCACUGCUGGUAACGCGCAAGGAGUAUCUGAAGAAGGACUGGUGCAAGACGGAACCGCUGGUGCAGCGGAUCCGCGAGGAGGGCUGCCUGAGCCGGACGAUCGUGAACCGCUUCUGCUACGGCCAGUGCAACUCGUUCUACAUCCCGAAGUCGCCGAAGCGCAGGCGGCACGGUGGCAAACCGACCGUCGCCAGCUACGCGGCCAGCAGCCGGCGCGAUCUGGACGGGGACUUCGAGGACGAGGAUCUGACCGGGCCCGCGUUCCGCUCGUGCGCCUUCUGCAAGCCGAAGAAGUUCACCUGGGUGACGGUGACGUUGCGCUGCCCGUCGCUCGUACCGCAGCUGCGGCGGAAACGCAUCCAACGCAUCAAGCAGUGCAAGUGCAUCGCCGAACCGUUGCAUUGA